CUGGGCUAAGGGGCGUGGCGCUCGUCCUGGUGAAGGUGACGGCGGCGGUGCUCCCUCGUUCCAGUUGUUUGAGGCGGCUCGGGCGGUGUCAGGAUGCUGUGCGGACGUCAGGUGGCGAAGACCCUUCGGGCAUUAAGAGUUUCAAGCCGAAGCUACUCAUCACAACGUGGUUUAAAUGAUGUAGUCAUUGUAAGUGCUGUCCGGACACCUAUUGGGUCUUUCCAAAGUUCCCUUUUCCCACUGCCAGCCACUGCACUUGGCUCCAUUGCAAUUAAAGGUGCAAUAGAAAAAGCAGGUAUCCCUUCACAAGAAGUGAAAGAAGUAUACAUGGGGAAUGUUAUUCAAGCUGGUCAAGGACAAGCUCCUGCAAGACAAGCGACCCUUGGUGCCGGUUUACCAGUUUCUACUCCUUGCACAACUGUCAACAAAGUUUGUGCUUCUGGAAUGAAAUCUAUUAUGAUGGCAGCCCAGAGUCUGAUGUGUGGGGGUCAGGAUGUGAUGGUGGCUGGUGGAAUGGAAAGCAUGUCUAAUGUUCCUUACACAAUGAGCAGAGGAGCAACUCCUUAUGGAGGAGUAAAGCUUGAAGAUUUGAUUGUGAAAGAUGGUUUGACGGAUGUUUACAACAAAAUUCACAUGGGUAAUUGUGCUGAGAAUACUGCUAAGAAAUUUUCUAUAUCACGGGAAGAUCAAGAUGCUUAUGCUAUAAAGUCCUAUACCAAAAGCAAGGAAGGUUGGGACUCUGGAAUAUUUGCAAAGGAAAUUAUACCUGUUACUAUUUCUCAGAAAGGGAAGCCAGACACAGAGGUUAAAGAAGAUGAGGAAUACAAACGUGUUGACUUUAGUAAAGUUCCAAAAUUGAAGGCAGUUUUCCAAAAAGAAAACGGAACAGUAACAGCUGCCAAUGCUAGUACCCUGAACGAUGGAGCAGCUGCUUUGGUAUUGAUGACUUCAGAAGCAGCUAAAAGACUAAAUGCGAAGCCGUUGGCUAGAAUAGUGGCUUUUGCAGAUGCUGCUGUUGAUCCCAUUGAUUUUCCCAUUGCACCAGCACAUGCUGUUCCUAAGAUACUUACUCAGACAGGACUCAAAAAGGAAGAUAUUAAAAUGUGGGAAAUCAAUGAAGCAUUCAGUGUUGUUGUCCUAGCUAACAUUAAAAUGCUAGACAUUGAUCCACAGAAGGUAAAUAUUCACGGAGGAGCAGUUUCUUUGGGACACCCUAUUGGGAUGUCUGGUGCAAGAAUUGUUGUUCACAUGACUCAUGCACUGAAGCAAGGAGAACAUGGCCUUGCUGGAAUUUGCAAUGGUGGUGGUGGAGCAUCUGCAAUAUUGAUCCAGAAGUUAUAGGUUCUAGCCUCAAGCUCUAAGGCCCAAAUUAUUAAUAGCUGUUACAACUAUGUAUGAUUUAUAGCACAGACCAUUAACUUCAGUCUACCAUUGUUUAAACAAAAUUAUGUCUUUUUAUUAUAGCGUGUUUUAAUGCAAAAUGAUUUUUAUAUCUUGGACUGAAAACACGUUAAAUAUCUUCUGAAGCUGUAGAUGCCAUAACUGACUACUCUAGAUACUUCUUGUCAUACUUUAUAUUGUCCUGCUCUAGGCAGUGAGUUGUAGGCAUUCUUUCCCCCUUCUCCCUUACCCUUCCAAGAUGAGGGCAAUGGGUUGUGCCAUGCGUAUUUUUGCCCAGAAAAUAACUACUUGGGUAGAGAUAGUACAGAAGUAACCACUGGAUUAUGUUUCCACAAUUGGUAAAAAUAAACAGGAAGGGCUACUGAAUAAAUAUUUACCAUACAGCAA